GACCAUGUCCAGGGAGGUUGGCUGCAGUGUGUGCAAUUAACAUGUCUGUAAUUAGGUUGUAAUUGUUACAACAGGACACAGACAAUAAUGGUUUGGUUGGGUUUGUCUGGGAAUGAAUUAUGUCCCAAAGGGUCUCACACAAAGGGGGCUGCCAACGCCUCCUCCCACAGAGCUGCUAAACAAAGGCCGGAAGUUACUGUGCCCACAUCCAUGCUUUUGUUCAGUGAUGACAACGCUGCGUGACGCUUCUGUCCUGACUGUUUUCUGUUUCUUUGUGGAAACUGUCCGCUGAUACUCCAACAUGAACGGGAGCUUCCACAGAGCCGCGGGUUGUAACCCAGCAGGGGGUCUGCCGCCUCUCCCCAAGAGCCUCAGCGGCAUCCUGAACUCCAGCGGGGGGUCCUGGAGGGACCUGCAGAAGGUCCACAGCAAGAGAACCCGAAUCCAGGCGGAAAUCAGCAGCAGAGGAGGCGGAGAGACUCUGAGAGCCAAACCAGGAGGACUGGAUGCUGCAUUGGCGCUCCUCAGGAAAGAAAUGGUAAGUCUGCGUCAGCUGGACAUGUCUCUCCUCUGCCAGCUGUGGUCUCUUCACGAGGCCAUCCAGGAAUACAAAGUUGAGACCACCUUCACGGCUGAUCAUGGAUACUCUGAGGAGGAGGACGAGYUGUAAAGGAGAAAGAUGAGGAUCUUUCAAAGACUCCUUUAGUUUGCACUGAUAAAACGAGACUAUUGUUGCUUUUUAACUUAAUUUUAUGUCAAACCACAUUUUUUGGACUGUGUGAAAUCUGUGCCUCUUUUGUAGAAAUCUGACUUCAUUUUCAACAUUGAGACUUUUCUCUUCUGUUCUUAAUUUAAAACACAUGAGGCCUUCAUUAAAAGUUUCACAGAAA